AGCAGCAGCCCCAGCCAUGGCCGACAUCAAGACGGGCAUCUUCGCCAAGAACGUGCAGAAAAGGCUCAACCGGGCUCAGGAGAAGGUCCUCCAGAAACUUGGCAAAGCCGAUGAAACAAAAGAUGAGCAGUUUGAGGAGUACGUACAGAACUUCAAACGGCAAGAGGCAGAGGGUACGAGACUUCAGAGAGAACUCCGGGGAUACUUAGCUGCUAUCAAAGGCAUGCAAGAGGCCUCGAUGAAACUGACAGAGUCCCUCCACGAAGUCUAUGAGCCAGACUGGUAUGGACGUGAGGAUGUGAAGAUGGUGGGCGAGAAAUGUGAUGUGCUCUGGGAAGACUUCCAUCAAAAGCUAGUGGAUGGGUCCUUACUCACGCUGGACACAUACCUUGGCCAGUUUCCUGACAUCAAAAUGCGCAUCGCCAAGAGGAGCAGAAAGCUGGUGGAUUAUGACAGUGCCCGUCACCAUCUAGAAGCUCUGCAGAGUUCCAAAAGACGAGACGAAAGUCGCAUCACAAAGGCAGAAGAAGAGUUUCAAAAAGCCCAGAAAGUGUUUGAAGAGUUCAACAUUGAUUUACAAGAAGAGCUUCCUUCUUUGUGGUCUAGACGGGUGGGAUUUUAUGUCAAUACUUUCAAGAAUGUGUCCAGCCUCGAGGCCAAGUUCCACAAGGAAAUUGCUCUGCUCUGCCACAAGCUUUAUGAGGUGAUGACCAAGCUCGGGGAGCAGCAUGCAGACAAGGCCUUUACCAUUCAGGGAGCCCCUAGUGAUUCCGGUCCUCUCCGUAUUGCAAAGACACCAUCGCCACCAGAGGAGCCUUCCCCCCUGCCCAGCCCAGUAGCUAGUCCGAAUCACACUCUGGCACCUGCCUCUCCUGCACCAGCCCGGCCAAAGUCACCUUCACAGUUGCGGAAAGGGCCUCCGGUCCCACCUCUGCCCAAAGUCACGCCCACAAGGGAACUACAACAGGAGAACAUCAUUAGCCUCUUUGAGGACAACUUUGUCCCAGAAAUCAAUGUGACAACUGCAUCUCAGAAUGAAGUUCCCGAGUCAAAGAAAGAAGAGUCUUUGCUCGAUCUGGACUUUGAUCCUUUCAAGCCGGACGUUACACCAGUGGGAUCAGCAGGGAUCACCCACUCACCCAUGUCUCAGACAUUGCCCUGGGACUUGUGGACGACUAGCAGUGACCUGGUCCAGCCGGCAUCCAGUGGGACCUUCAAUGGAUUCACCCAGCCUCAGGACACUUCUCUCUUCACCAUGCCCACCAGUCAGACUGUGAUGGAUACCUCGGCUGAGUCGGAAGAAGUGCCCCCCACAGAACCCAAAGCUGAGGAGCCUUUGGCUGGAGCUCCUGCUGAGGGCCAAGCCAUCCAGCCUAGUGAGGCAGCAGAGGAGGCUGAGGUGGGGACAGUAGAGGAUGCUGACACCGUCCCUGCAGCCGCUGGAGCCCCAGUGGGGGCUGCUGAGGAGGCCCCAGAGGUUGUCGUAGAAGGUGAAGCCCUCCCCUUGGGCGAAGGAGUGAGCCUUGUUGAGACCCAAGCUGUUACAGAGACCAGGGAGGCCAUUGAGAGUGAUCGAGCUGGGACAGAAGACAUGGAAGCAGCUAGGAUCCAGGAGAAAGUCAUCCCAUCAGUUGUCAUUGAGCCGGCAUCUAACCAUGAAGGAGAGGAUGAGCAGGAACUUGAGCUCGGGAUGGCUGGAGAGGUCAGCCAGACAAGAGAAGACAUGUCUGCCCAAGGUGAUUCCAGUGAGACGUCAGUGCUGGCCAGCGACCAGAAGACACUGGAGGAUGCUCAGCCUACAGCUCCUGGUGGGGUCUCUGCCCUUCCAUCCAGCAGCGAAGCUGCCCAAGUCCCUCCAGGCUUCCUCUAUAAGGUGGAAGCGCUCCAUGAUUUUGAGGCAGCUAAUUCCGAUGAGCUUAACCUGAAACGGGGAGAUGUGGUCCUGGUGAUCCCAGCAGAAGCAGAGGCUGAGCAGGAUGCGGGCUGGCUCAUAGGUGUGAAGGAAUCAGAUUGGCUUCAGUACAGAGACCUGGAUGCCUACAAGGGCCUCUUCCCAGAGAACUUCACCCACCGCCUGGAUUAGUCCCCCUCUCCCCACGCUCCACGGGGCGAGGUGAAGCUGUUCUACAGUGAGCUUGGGCAGCGGUGUUCCAAACCGAUGGGAAAAAGAGGAGCCCGCUUGAGUAGCAACACUGCUAACACUUUGCAGACUGGUGUCCGGCAAAGCCGGGGGAGACAUAUUCAAGGAGCAUGUGUUGAAAAAAACGUUAAAUUAAGUAACAUUUUAAAAAGUAAAGUGAACUCCUCCGAAGCAGCAAGGGAGGGCAUCCUCCUUUGUCCUUCUGUUUGUGACAACAGGUUUGUUUGUGCUUUCUCUGAGCUAUGGUGAAUCUUGUACUUGAUCCCUUCCCCGUGAGGUCUAAAUUAGCUCCCUCAAGACCAGAACCUUAAUUUCUCUGCACCAAGUGUAUUGUAUUGAGCUUCUGUGCUGCGGAAGGUUUGAUGAAUAAUCCUAUAAUGAGGCAGUCACAGUCCUCCUCC